AUGAAAGCAUUACAAUCAAGUAAACGCCACAUUUCUGACAAAGGGCUCUACGAUGUAGCUCAGCGUAGCUUGAAAUGCUACUUGAAGACUGUGAACUACACUUUGCUUAUGGUUGAUAUCAACAAUGAUCCGGUAGUUAAUGAGUCUUGCAGUUUACAUAAAUCGGUAUGUUUUGAUGAAUGGACACCAUCAGAAUGGUGGUAUCGUGAGCCAAGUAGUAAGCUUCAGUCGAGAAUCUGGACUGUGUACUACACAAAACACUGUGCUGUAAAUCAGUAUUUAUAUGACACGGACUGGAUGCUUGUACUGGAUGCUGAUACAGGGGUUGUGAAUCCUGAUCACUGCAUUGAGGAGUAUAUUGAUGAUAGAGUCGACGUUAUAUUGAUAGAACGUUUUUUCAAUUGGGAAUUCUCCGCUGGCAAUUAUCUGAUAAAGAACUCACCGUUCGGCCAUCACUUCCUUCAAGCAUGGGCAGACUUCGAAUUCAAACAAAAUGAUGAAACGUGGCAUGGCUUUGAUCAGGGCGGAUUGAUGUUGGCACUUCUUCAACUGCUUGUUCCUAAUGUGGAACCUAUCUAUGACAUCUGUGAGCGAAUGUGGAAAACAGCUACAGGAUACGCAACCUUCAUGGGAAUGGUCACUUGUGUGAGGGAGGCGUUAGGGAGUAGACGAUUAUGGCCUGGAAAAGUCCGCAUCUAUCAUAAAGCUCAUGGAUUUGUACGAGAUGGAUGGAGCACGGGACAGAAUUGGGCUCCGAAGGAUUUCAUGUUCCACGGUUGGAAAGCAAACAAGGAACAGAAAGAACAUCCGUUCAGCAAAAUACCUGAUCCAGCAGAAUGUGGAAGUGGUUUACAAGGGUGGCACUGGAAGAAUUCAAAAAGAAGAACGGUCGAGGAGUUACGGUGA